AUGUCUUCAUCCGUCGACGAGGAAGCGACCAUCUCUAUCCCGAGCCUUGCCUUUGUCGCCGUGCUGGGCUACUUCAUCUAUCGCUACUUCUUCUCUUCCCGCUCAAGCCCCGCCGACGGCAGCUCUCAAACAUCCUCCACUACCCCCAGAGGCACCACUCCUGGAAUUCGUUUCACGCCUGCACAAGUGGAUCAGAUAGCCCAGGUGUUUCCGCAGUUAAACCGCAGGGAUAUCAUGUGGGAUUUGCAUCGGAACAGAGGCAGUGUGCAGGCGACAACGGAAAGGGUAUUGACGGGAAGAGGACUAGAUCCGGCUCCGCCUUCGUUUGAACCGCCCCCUUCGUUCAUGGCCCCAUCUUCCGAGUCAACUGCCACACCUACGGUAUUAACGCCCUUCAAAAAGCCACAUCCGCAGGACUUGAUCACGCGGUACAAUUUACAGGCAAAAAUAAACUCAAAGGGGAAAGAGAGAGAAGAAGAAUCACCGCCGCCAGGGUGGGCCAGCAAUAAAGAGGAGCGACAGAGGAUGCUCCAGAGACGGCGAGAUGAAAUGAUUCUCGCAGCUCGGAGGAGAAUGCAGGAGAAGGAUGCUGAGAAUGCAAGUCCUCCACCGUAA